GCGUCCACAGAUUAAAAAGCAUGUGUUAGUUUUGAGUAUUUUUCGUUUAAUAAUUUGUGAUUUUAUAUCAAAAUGAAUGAAAAUGAAGACGAACUUACAACUUUCUGUGAUUCCACAUCCGCUCUGGUGGAAGGAUGCCGUCUCCCAGUCCGUAUGCAAGGAGGCGACGACUGGCCUUUAGCUGAAAUUCUUAGCAUUAAGGAUAUCCGUGGACAAAGAGGCUUUUACGUUCACUAUGUUGACUUUAACAAACGCCUUGACGAGUGGGUGGAUGAGUCAUGGCUGGAUACACGCAAAGUGCAGUUCCCCCGACGGGAUGGUGCCCCCACUGGUGGUACCACAACACCAAAGAAGACCCACAUUGGAUCAGGAGGUGGCAUUAUGCCUAGUUUUCUUAAUGAUAAUGUCUGCAAUGACAUUCCGAGGUCUCUUAAUACCUAUGUGACUCCAACGCCACCAAAGUUACAUGACAAAGCCCAUACCAACCUUCCUAGUCACGUCACAAAUGGCUCAGCACAUAAAAGCACUGCGGCGGUAAUCAACGAGCCCCGGCAGCUGGUGUCCCGGCCGAGUAGUCCUACGCUCGGCCAUGAUAACUCCUCCCUGGUAAACGGAGGCGCGGUACUCGCCGCCGCCUUGCAGAAGAAGAUGAACCGAAAACGGAAGACCAACUCUCUCGAUAAUGAGGUAGGUUGCAUUCCGGGAAUUUUAUUUAUGUUAAGAUUUCACAUAGUAGGAUACUUUUCAAAAGAGAAGGAGAGUACGGAAGAUUACAACGUGGCGUGUAUACUAACACUGCCGCCGUACCAAAGGAAGGGUUAUGGAAAAUUACUUAUUGAAUUUAGCUACGAACUAUCAAAAUUCGAAGGCAAGACGGGGUCGCCGGAGAAACCUCUCUCGGAUCUCGGACUGCUAUCGUACAGAAGUUACUGGGCUCAAACUAUACUGGACAUUCUUGUGCAGAUGAAACCUGUUGGUGAUAAUGAAAAACCUAUUAUUACUAUCAAUGAGAUCUGCGAAAUGACGAGCAUCAAAAAAGAAGACGUGAUCAGCACAUUGCAGAACUUGAACCUCAUCAACUACUACAAAGGCCAGUACAUCAUCUCGGUCAACCAGGAAACGGUACAGCAACACGAAAAAGCAAUGGAGAAACGAACGCUACGUAUUGAUCCCAAAUGUCUUCAUUGGACUCCUAAAGAUUGGUCCAAGAGAGCCAAAUGUGUAUGAACUGAUUGUGUUUGGAGACGCAGAUAUCUAACGGCUUCCAAAACGUGAAUCCACGCAGUCUUUUUCAAAUUCAAACUGUAGGUAUGGAGAUUCAGCAUGCUACAUAGUUAAAACUAGGCCUUUGAUAGACAGUUGCAGUCGAGAUCUGAUUAUUUCCUUGAAAUAUUAUAGCCAAUCUUCCCUUGGGUAUAAACCUACUAAAUUGGGAAUUGCGUCAAUUUGUUAAAUGCUUUUUCCGGUCUCUAUUACCUUUUGUCACCAUUUAAUGGAAUAAUGUACGGGUAGUUCAUCUAUAUCCAAUAGUUAUUUAUUAUAGCUAGCCCUAUUAGUUACGAGUGCUCCGUGUGGAAGUUACUCGAUUUUAUUUCUCAUGAAGUGUAACUCUUCAUAUUACGGUUCAGUAUCGUUUGAGUAAUACAAAGUCUGUACAACUGUAAGAUAUCUAGUACAUUUUGUAUUUUAAGUCUUUAUUGUGAUAUUAAAUGAUAUC